UGUAUAGUUACAAUUCGUAAAAUCUCAUAAGAGUAUUAAUUACAGUAUCAAAAAUUAGUUUUGACAUCAAAUUUAAUCAAUAAAAACAGUAUUCUAUUUGAAAGUGUUUUUUCUUUGUGUAGCGCCACUCAUAUCUUCCAAUUUUAUGCCACUUCCAACUGCAAAACCCUAAACCCUAACCCAGAAAUCCUCCAAACAUGAACAACAUUCGCAGAACAUCCAAUCUCAUUCAAAUUAAACCCACAUUACGCAAAUCAAACCCAUCAAUUUCAUCUUUUCUUCAACAAACCCUAAAAAAUGCGCUAAUUUUCACAAGACAAUUGUCAAAAAAAUCCACUUCAAUUCCCAAAAAUCAGCUUAGAGUUCGAGAUCAUGCUUUUGAUAAUUACAUGGAAGUCGAGAAGAAGAUCAGAAAAGUUCUCAAGUUCCAGGAAUUAAUCAUCGAUCAACCCCAGCAAUGCAUCCCAGUUGCGCGCCUUGAUUUCCUAGCUCGCCGAAUUGGGUUCAAAAGAGAUGAAGCAGGCAAGUUUGUUCUUAAAUUACCUAAAAUUUUUGAAAUUUAUGAGCACCCAGUUCAAAGAAUUCUUUAUUUGCGUUUUACUAGAAAUGCCCUUUUGCAAAUUGAACAAGAAAAACAUGCUAUUAAUGCCAAUAUACCUGAUGCUGUUACUCGGCUUCGAAAGCUCUUGAUGUUGUCGAAUUCGGGUCGGCUUCAUCUUGAGCAUAUUAGAAUUGCCCGUAGAGAUUUUGGGCUCCCGGAUGAUUUUGAGUACUCUGUGGUGCUUAAGUAUCCUCAGUACUUUAGGUUGUUUGAUGCAAAAGAUUGUAUGAGUAAGUACAUUGAGAUUGUAAAGAAAGAUCCGAGGUUGGCGGUUUGUGCUGUUGAUAGAGUAAGGGAGAGUGAGUAUAGGAAGAAGGGAAUUGAUGAAGAGAGUACGAGGUUUUCGUUUGUUGUGAAUUUCCCACCCGGGUUUAAGAUUGGGAAGUAUUAUAAGAUUGCAAUGUGGAAGUGGCAAAGGAUUCCGUAUUGGCCUCCUUAUGAGGAUGUUUCGGGGCAUGAUAUGAGGUCACUCGAGGCUCAGAAUAGGAUGGAGAAACGGGCUGUGGCGAUGAUUCAUGAAUUGCUGUCAUUGACUGUUGAGAAGAAGAUUACCUUAGAGAGGAUUGCACAUUUUAGGGUCCCCAUGGACUUGCCCAAGAAACUUAAAGAUUUCCUGCUCCAGCAUCAGGGGAUAUUUUACAUCUCUACAAGGGGGAAUCAGGGAAAGCUUCAUACUAUUUUUUUGAGGGAGGCUUAUAGAAAGGGGGAUUUGAUAGAGCCAAAUGAUGUGUACUUGGCUCGCAGAAGGUUGGCUGAAUUGAUCCUGGUGAGCCCCAGAAUGGCAUCUUCGGGCAGAGAGUUGGUCAGUUAUACAAGGCCAAGGGAUGAUGUAACUGGGAGUCGUAAAGGGAAAAUCAAUGAUAGUGACAAUUUCAGGCGAGAUAGGGUGGGAGAGCUAGACUUGGACUCAGAGUCAGAUAGUGAUGUGGAAUCAUGUUUCAGUGAUGAGGAUGAGGAUGGUCAUCAUGUUAGGGACACACAAGCUGCUCGUUGAACUGAGUGAAUGGAAACUCAGGAAUGUUUUUUUAUUUGAUUUGCGGUUCUGUGAUAGUGUGAUGACUUCAUGGCCGGUGCUAAGUGAUGUUGGCAUAGCCCAAUUGGCACAAGGAAUUUUCAAAGGAGCUGACAAUCUUUUGUUGGAAUCAUGUUUAUAGAGCUAUCUCAAAUCAAUCUAAUAUCUUGGAGAGCACUGCUUGUCUACUCAUGCAGAAAGGAACAAAUUCAACUAUUGCGAUGCAUGCCCUGGAAGAAGUAAACUGUGAUACUGACGUGAGCAUCCGUGAGAAGAGAAGACCUAAAAUCCUUAUAUUUCAAAGUCAAGACUGAAAUUAUACUCCUGAAGUCGUGGAUCAUAUUCUGCAUAAAGCCAUAAACUGACUGAAGACUUUAAGACGACAUUAACUUUGGCUUUAAGCAACAAAAGUACAUGAUGAACAAUGGUUUGUCCUUACUCCUGAGGUAGAUUCAGAAAAUCAGAUGCUUUAUCAUAUUUCAAUAGAAGAUUACAAUUGUAUAAUGUGCACUAAUCUGAAGCACUUCUCUAUUACUUCGUAUAUACUACGUAUCUGCAUUCCAGCUGGUAAGUUAGGUCACUUAGAGAAAAGGGCUAUUUGCCUAACUAGUUAAAACAACUAAUAGGGGCGAAGUGUUCUAUAUAGUGUUAGACUUGGGGUUGAGAGUGCUAUAGCCUAUAGGCAUUUCUCCGCAUUAACUGUUAGGCAACUAGUCGGACUCUACUACAAAUACUCCGUACACUAUAAUAACUGAGUAUUCGGCUGAGAAGUCAAUAAUGUGCAGCUGCUCUUUUGUCUUAAAUACACUUUUGUGGGGUUGUAUAGUGUGCACAUGUGCAAGGAAUCCCAGGUUUCCAUUUUUGUGUUUGUGAUUUGUGUAUCCAAAAUCAGAACCAAGUUGGCCCUACGUCAGAAACAUUGUGGUCUACAGUCGACAUGUUCUUGUUGGAUCAUAAAUGAAUGAACCAACAGGCAGUUUAUAUACUAUAGUAUAUAAACUGUAACUCUUACAAUAAGAUGCGCAACUUUUGGAUGUGUAGAUCAUAUCUUGUAAUGUGAAAGAAUGAAGUUUAUGCACUUGUAUAUUGUAUCUUGUAGAAGCUAGAUCCAAGUCGAAAACCUCAUCAUUGAGGAUCUACAAACUUGAUUAUGUCCUCAUAUUUUCACUUUUAUUUUUGACAAUUAGAAUGUAAACAUUAUGAGUUGUUGGUGAUAAUGAUGUGUCCAAAUUGUUAACAAAGUGUGGUUAAGUAAAUAUAUAUAUGUUGGUUGGAUGUUAUUAUUUGAAUAAGCUUUCGUUUUUGUACGGUUAUAUUAAUAAUUGUUUUUCAUUUUUGUAUAGGUAACAUAAACAUUGUCAAUUGAUAGGGAAGACACUCGGGUCAUUAAAUUCAAUGAUUCGGGAGAUUAUCUUUUACCAUCUGAGCUAGUAAAAUGAGAUAGUGGGAUACUAUUUGCUUUACGCAAUAGACGUAAUUAAUAAUUAAUGAUA